UAGCAGGAACCCCCUCCUGCCAGACGUACUAUCUGUGAGAUCUGGAAUUCUGGCCAAAGCUGUUCUCAGACUGCUGGGGAGAGAGGGCCUCCCCCUGCUAUGAUUGCCUUCUGUGUCCUUUGUUAACCUCCAAGUCUACUGUGUGAAAAUGGCCCACAAAGAGGAACCAGGUUUGCAAGCCAGCACUGAGUGGCUCUCUCUGCUCCUCUCUGUGAACCUGCAGACGUGGUCCACAUGGCUUUUCCAGGAAAGUGAGAUCACCAUGGCUCUGGAGAAGUCCCUGGUCCCGUUCCCGCUGCUAGUUGUGGUUCUGCUGAUGCUGGAGUAUGUCCGGCCUUCCCUGGGCAAGGAAACCCCAGCCAUGAAGUUCCAGCGGCAGCAUAUGGACUCCGGUGGCACCUCCUCCAUCAGCAACCACACUUACUGCAACCAGAUGAUGCAGCGCCGGAACAUGACCAAGGGCCGGUGCAAGCCAGUGAACACCUUUGUGCACGAGCCCCUGGAAGAUGUUCAGGCAGUCUGCUUCCAGGAAAGGGUCAACUGCAAGAAUGGACAGACCAAUUGCUACAAGAGCAGCUCCAGCAUGGACAUCACAGACUGCCGCCUGACGAACGGCUCCAAGUACCCCAACUGCUCCUACCGGACCAGCCAGAAAAAGAGACACAUCAUUGUGGCCUGUGAGGGGACCCCGUAUGUGCCAGUCCAUUUCGAUGCUUCUGUGGGGGACUCCUCCUAAGGUCAGCAUGAUGCAUGUCUCCCCCCCAUCAGUUCAACACCUGCCUCUCCCCAAUUCCUUCCUUACCCUGAAAGAAAUAACUCUAGUUGGAGCUCCCAUUCAGCACACACAAGCUUCCUUCUCCUGAGUCUUGCUCCUGCACGGUCUGGGGGCGGGGGUGAGGAGUGGGCUGUGAGGUGGGCCUCAGGUUAACCCUUUCACUGCUUCUUUCAAUAAAACAGUUGCAAACACCUGCUGAAGCUGUUC